GCAAGCUGGCCCAUUGCUAGAUCACCUCCUUUUUUCUUUUUUUUUUGUCACACGGGUGCAAUGGGGUCCGCCAGGAUUUUGCAUGCAUUGGCGACGUGGCAUGUGCUGUUGGCUGGAAGCCACUGUGGUCUGUGAUUGUAAUGGCUGUGAUGAGAAAAGGACAGCUACCGGUAGUUAUGGUUUGUGUAGUUCCAAAGCUGAUGUCUCUUGGGCUUUCCCCCCAUUAAAAGUUGGAGGGGUCAUAAUUUUGAUGGAGUAUCAGCGCAGUGCCCGAUCUGAGGCUCGCAAAGAAAGAGAGCGGCAAAUGGAAACUGAGCAUCUUAAACAAAGGGACGCCCAGCUAGCGAUCGAGAUCCACAUGUUGAAGCAGCGACUAGAGGAGUUGGAGAAAGGUGGCGGGAGAAAGUGGCUUCCUUCGAUCCUGAGCAUUGGCGGCAGCGGCACUGACAGAGAACAGCAGCCUGCGCCAACCCCUCAAUCUCAGCAAGAAGUUGUGCAGCAGUAUCUGCCUGAUUUGCCUGUAGAAGCUUCACCUGCAGCUAAGUAAUGAUUGCGUAGAAGGUAGGACAACUUCGGGUAAUUUGCUGCGCGCCUCUGCCAACGAAUUGAUUGGAUUUUGGAAACAGGAAAUUAAAAAUUAAUGUUUUCCAACUUUUCCUUGUCAAGUUUGUUGUUGGUAUGUUUACUUCUCUCUCAUGGAUUUGUUAAAUUUUGUUUAUGUUUGUUUCCUGCAGUCUCCAAGGAAGGAUUUAUGCCUCAGGAGAAGGGGAGGGAGACGGGGAGGUGAAAAGAUGUGCAAAGAUGGAGGCAAUUCUUCUUAGGAAGGAUAUUGAUUGCUCCCUAGGGCAUAUACUAUGUAGUAGAAGGACCUUGUUGAAGGUAUCUGGAUGCAGUGGCAGCCCAGAUUCGGUCGAGAAAGUCCGUAGUGUAAGUACCCACCGUAAGAAUUCCCCUUCGUGAGGACUUCGACUAUGCACCAGCAACUCUUUAGUUAGUAGCAGGACCUUCUUGGAGGUAGGUAUCUGGAUGCAAUGACAGCCAGAUUCCGUUGACAAAGUUCCUAGUGCAAGUACUCACACUGUAACAAUUCCUCUUUGUGAGGACUUGGAUUAUGCACCGGUGAUUGAAAACGGGAAGGGCUGUGGAGAGGAGGAGGAGAGCAAGUGCUGCAGAUCUCCGGCUUUGUCUUGGCGGGUCUGAGUAGUGUGAGGAAGGCGUAGAGCAUCAGCAAUGCGCGCUCUUUAACUGCACUCAACACUCUCUGUGGAGCUGCAGUCACUGCCAACGUGAAGGGGGGAAGUUGGCCUAAACCAUCUGCAGCUGUGGUAUGAGCUGUUAAACUAUGCCUGCGAGACGUAUUGGGUAGGACAGCUGUGGGGAGAGUUGUAACCUACAGGGCGAUAGAAUAGUGACAAAUUGUUCAAGUUAAGGCAAGAAAAUCGGAACUGAGGGGGAGUAACGACGGGUCAAAUCAUGGGAGAAGUGCGCAACGGUAGGGUAUAUAGAAAAGAGAGGCCAUCCUCACACAAAUCAUGAUUGCCUACGAAUGU